ACACCUCUUUGCUGCGCAGGCGCACUGGUGUGUUAGCGGUAGGCUGAGGUGUACUUCAUUCAGUGUGGCGAGUUUACAGCGGUACUUUAACACUUAUUUAGGGAUAAAAAGCUACUCGUCAGACUUCAGGAUGAUCCGGAUAGCUGCGUUUUUGACGAUACUGGUGGUUGCCUGUUCGGGGGAGAGCUGCAAAGACCCAGUGAUCACCCCGUCGGCCUACACGACCUCUGACGCCGUCAUCUCGUCGGAGUCUGUCUUCAUCGUGGAGCUCAGCCUGACCUGCGCUAACGGAGCCCAGAGUGUCACUCUGUAUGCUGAUGUCAAUGGAAGACAGUUCCCUGUGACCAGAGGUCAGGAUGUUGGAAAAUACCAGGUGUCCUGGAGUCUUCCCCACAAACAGGCCAGCUCAGGAACGUAUCAGGUCAAAUUCUUUGACGAGGAGUCCUACAGCGCCCUCCGAAAGGCUCAGAGAAACAAUGAAGACGUAAAUGCGAUUCAGCCUCUUUUCACCGUCAACAUUGACCACCGGGGUGCCUGGAGCGGCCCCUGGGUGUCGACUGAGGUCGUGGCCGGCCUGAUUGGCAUCCUGAUCUAUUACAUGGCCUUCAGUGCCAAGAGCACCAUCCAAGCAUAACACGAUCCGCAGUCGCUGCCUGUGACUACCGGAUCUUUGAAAAAGACUGAAUUCUGGCGGAGCUGGAUCAACUAAUCCAUCACCAUCACUGCAGCCGAACCAACAGGCUUCUGCUGCUUCCUCUUCCGGGAAACAAGCAGAGGUUGCAGUCUUUAUUUCUUUUUAUUCGGGCUGUCUUUUUGUCUUUUCAGACAACUUUAGUUUUUUCUUUUUUUUGUCACAACUG